AUGUUCUCCUCUUCAACUCUGAGAUCUCCGGCGAUUACUCUGUCUCCGUUUCCUCUCCGCCCCCUUCGAUCUCCAUCAUCGCUUCCUCUCGCUAGAUCCUCUUUCUCUUCUUCCCAAUUUAGUCGCAUCAAUCUGAAACCCAGACGAGAUUUGGUGGGCGAUUGGGUCGCCAACAACGACGGAAUCGUGCGCAGCUUGCCGAUUUACGUCGGUGGUCUGUCUUUGAUCGCAGUUCUCCUCAACCGCGUCUUUUCGGGCAUCGCUUUUGUCACCGACGCAUCCAGUUCACAAUCCAGAGCGGACAUUCUGGCCCUUUCGCUGGCGGUGAUCAACCUCCUUUCUGGUUUUGUGUGGUUGUCGAUUCGGCCGAAAUCUGUUGCUACGGUCAUUCCUUGUGGCGCGGAGUGUAGGCGUAUGAAUACCGGUAUCGGGCAUCUUGCCGUUCGUGAGUUGCAAUGGGUGUGGGACUCCAUUUCAUCCAGCACUUGUUGUAGAUCCUUGGUGGUGGUUUAUGGAGGCGUUUGCCUUCUCCAAAUUGGGGCUGCAGCAGUAUCCGAAAAUGAUAAUACCGUUGUGAUGGCUGUUGAUGUCCAUGAUCUGCUUAAAGGAUCGCUUUGCAAGAAUGUGAUGUCAUCUGGAAAGCAGAGCUAUUUGGCAAACCUUUCUCUUUAUCCAGGAAGGUCUGAGCUGUCCUUCUUUCCAAGUAAUACCCAGUCAGUCAUUUUACAACCGCUUGGAGAUAGAGGAAUUAUUAUCAUUGGUGGUGAUACCAUAAGAGGCUUCAACAAUAUUGAUCAGGCAUGGAUAAGUCUUUUGGCGGAAAAGUUGGAUGCUAGAUUGUCGAACUCUUGAGGAAGAGGAGGAACAGCAAGAAAAAAAUUCUCAUGCCAAUUGUGUUCAAGUGGCAGCGGCAGUCAGCAGUCUACUAGAAGUUCACAAUUAAAUUAUAUAUGUCAAGGGGAUUAUAAACGCAUGAACCCAUUUGGUCCUGCUUGCAUUGGGGAUAUGGUAGUGGCCACGAUCAAGUCAAGAAAAAGAUGAGGCUGCAUUAAUUGAGGUUUUUCAAAGAACAAGAGAGUAUUUGUUUCUUAAAGGGCUGCGUUUUAGUAGUCUCUAGAAAGAUGAGUUGUCAAAGAAAAAAAAUGUCUCUCAAAGCUUCAAAACGUGCCAUUUUGAAGGAGGUUGGUGUCGAGGAGAAGGCGUAGAAGUUUAUUGAAGGUGGCGCAAUGAAGAAUGAGGUUACAUGGAAGCAUUUGGUUGGAGUAGAGAGACGAUGAAGGUUGGUGGAAGAUGAAGCAAAAGACAUCGAGGUAGGUCAUCAAGGACAACAAAAUCAUUGCUAGCAACGUUUACACUUGCCAUGAUUGGGAUAUAUAGCCCUUUCUGCAUCAUCAACUCAUCGCCUUGCUUGUAUAUCUCCAUUGACUCACAGUAGGCGUUUGGCCUAGUUCAGAUAGAUGGAGGGAAGAUGUAGUAAAAUGUCGUUAGGUGAUUCCAAUUCUUCUCCUCACUUCCACCUCUUCCUAAUUCUCAACUAAAUAAAUUUCUUUCUUAUCCUUUAGGAUUAUAUUAUUAUUUUUAUCUAUUUCCUGAUUUUAUUUAAUUCAAUUAAAUUGAACUGUGACUCCAAUUCUUCUCCCCACUUCCUCGUCAUAUUUCUCCGUUUUGUUUUUCUAUUCCUUUCCACUUAUUUUCCUAAAUAAACAGAUGCUAAGAAUUAAAUUGGAUACAGAUAUUCAACUUCUUUGCAUUCAUAUAAAAUUUCAUUUCAUCCAUUUUCGUUCAUUCAUCAAACACUUUCGAUUAAAUCGGGAGUGACACCUUUUUCUUAUAAUGGAUUCUCUAUAAAAAUCUUGGUACUGAUUACAAAAAUAUAUUUAUUUUUACCUCUUUCUUCCCUCAUCCAAAUAAAACAAACAUAAAAAGAAAAUAAAAGAGCUAUUAAAUGCAAUAUCAAAGUUAUAAAAUUAAUAACCUUAUCACAAAAUCCCAAACAUCCUUCCCUAUUGGAUCCCAACCCCUCCACGUCACCCCAAUUCUACCUCACUCACUCACGAUAACCCUCCUCUUCACUGGUUCCACCUUCUUUUGCCCCUCGUCUUCCUCUGCCCUCGAUCGCUAUUAACUCCCCCACCACCGUCAACCAGCAGCAGAAGCCCACGCACCGAUGGCUUCUGCUUCAGUCGGCUCGUGCUUCUCCACCACCAUCACCUCACGAGCACUUCCCCCCAAGCUCCCCUCCUCUGACGCCGUCCUCCUCCGCCUUCCCCUCCCCCUUCGUGCCUGCCGCCCGCAGCACCUACUCUCCGUAGCUCACCUCUACAAUCCUCAGAGCUUCAGGUUUCCGAGGAGGACCUUGGCAGCGGUGGCGCAGGACGAGGCCACCGCCGCGGCCGUUCAAGAGGAGGAGGAGGAGGAGGAGGCAGCAGCGGAAGAAACAGGGGAGGCAGAAGCACAGCCGCUGGAGGAGGCGGCUUCUCUUUCCCCUGCCGAUACUGCCGCUGUGGCUCAGACCACAAAACUCUAUUUUGGAAAUAUGCCUUACAACUGCGACAGCGCGCAGCUGGCCGGCAUCAUCCAGGAGUACGCCAGCCCCGAGCUGGUCGAGGUGCUUUACGAUAGGGACACUGGAAGAAGCAGAGGGUUUGCUUUUGUCACCAUGAGCUCUGUGGAAGAUUGUGAACAAGUCAUAAACAAUCUUGAUGGAACUCAAUUCGGUGGCAGGACAAUGAAGGUGAACUUCGCCGACAAGCCAAAGCCUAAAGAGCCAUUGUACCCCGAAACCGAGCACAAGCUCUUCGUUGGCAACCUUUCUUGGUCAGUCACCUCGGAGGUCCUGACUGAAGUGUUUCAGGAGCAUGGAAAUGUGGUUGGGGCACGGGUUCUUUACGACGGAGAUACAAGUCGGUCUCGGGGCUAUGGCUUCGUCUGCUAUUCAACUAAGGAAGAGAUGGAACACGCCUUGGAAGUUCUCAAUGGAAUGGAAUUAGACGGUCGGGCAUUACGAGUCAGCUUAGCUCUAGGAAAGAAAUCCUAAGAAAAAAAAAACAGACAAACAAACAAGAAUUGGCCAUAUAUAUAUUCUGAAGCAAGGUUCCAUUGUCAUGAAGAGAAGGUUGGGCAUGAUGUUGAGCACCCUAAUAAGAGGAAACACAUCUUGAAGAUUUAUUUUUCAUUGAAUUUUAUCAAGCAUCAUGUAAUUAAAGUCUUGAACUCUUGUAUCAGGUACUUAAUUGAACUCAUGUAGUUAGAGUUUCAAUAAGAUGCAUUUUUUAAUAAAGUAAAAUCAAACCAAGAAAAAUAAUCUAUGUUUGCUUGUA